AGGUUCGAGAAGGUUGCGGUUGGGGCUGCGGAGGAGGGAGGAGUGGGGAUGGCGGGGGAGGGAGGGGGAGGGGGAGGGGAGGGGUUCGAGGAGAGGGUGAAGCGGCUGUUCGGGUCGAGGCUGUUCGACGACGUGCCGGGGUCGUCCUUCCCGGCGGCGUCGUGGUCGGUGGCGGCCGGGGACGUGGAGCGGCACCGGUGGGCGAAGCCGUCGGAGGCCCGGGACGAGGAGGGGGAGGGGGAGGAGGGGCGCGGGGGCGGGGGUGGCGACCGCGGGGACACGCCCUGCGCCUCCGCGUUCUACGACGCCAACGGGUGCCUCUUCCGCGGGGGGAGGCGGCGGCGCCGCAAGCAGGAGGACUUCGAGGGUGACCUCGACGAAGACGAGGAGGACGAGGAGGAGGAGAAGGCUGGCGGCAAGCAGCAGGAGGAGGACGAGGAGGAGGGUGUUAGGGUUUCCAUCGGCCUCGACCCGACUCUGGAUCGAGAGGAAGAAGAGGACAAGUAUGAUAGAGAGGCAUUGGGUAGAGAGGAUGCUGCAGAUCGUGUGUACAUGAAUGAAAUAAUGGAUGAUGGCAUGAACAUGAGCAUCAACACUGUAGUGCCUGACAUCCUUGAUGAUUCCAUUGAGGAGAUCCACCGCUUCUCACGAGAUCCUAGAGCAGAUUUGAGUGCCGCAUCUGCAAGACUCAAAGAAUAUGAUAGUUCAGCUAAUGAUGGCCCUUGUGCUCCACCUGAAACAAAGGAAUGUCCAACUGGUGGGAUACAAGCAAUGAAAACCGAAGAUACUAACGUGAGACCUAUACUGAAGAGGAAGGAGGAGCAAGGCGAUUCAAAACCAAGGAAACGAGUCAAGUUUGCAUCUGAUGUUAAAGAUCAAUCAGCAGAGCUGCCUGAACAGGAUGAAGAUUCUCCUAUGGUUCCUCAAUCCAUGGAUCUGGUCAUAGGAAAGGACUCAUCCACUCCGUCUAUGUCUCCUGGGGUUCCUGACUAUGUUAAGAAUCCUACAAAGUACACACGUUACACUCUGGACGCUCCAGAAUGUAAUGAUGAUUCUAACAAGAGGGCUUUUGCGGGCCUGCAUGAUCUGCUAAGGAGAAUGGAACCAGAGCCUGAGGCUCCUGUUGAGAUACCUAGUUCAGUUAUGUUCAUCCCACGGAAAAAGUCAGUUGAUGUCAUGACAGUAGACGAGGGUCCCAAAUCCAGUGAUUCAAACUCAUCCCUCAUUGGUCUGGCGGCAGGUGCCUCUGAUGAAACUGAGCAAUGUGAAAUGGAUGAAGAUGACCCUAAAGCAUCUCCAACACCACAGGUCCAAACCAACACGAAGGUGAAUUCCCGUCGGUACAGAUCAAGUAGAACUGAUGAUGAGUAAAACCGGUGAUAUCCUUGUAUUUCAGUGUAUGCUUUAAGACAAAUUACAAGUCUGAGGUUCCCAAUGUUGAAGUAGUCGCUAUGCAACUUGAGAUAUGUUGAUGUACUUUUGCUUUGAUCUUCUGAUCUGAGCUAACCAGUUAUUAAUUACUACUGUGGUACUUUUGUUUAAUUAA